UUCAUGAUAAGAUGGAACGCGCGUACGCGUGUAGCGCAGUCUUCGAAGGUUGAAGGCAAAAUGCCCCACUAACACGGGAAGAUCGACCCGCUAACGAAUCCCGUUGUGGGCCGCCGUUUGUGUCGUGCAAGCCGGCAGGGGCAAAUGGGGGUUCAUUUUAGGCAGCACUGCCCUACCACGGCGGGCUUCCCCAGCGCUUUGCCAAACCUGGAGCAGGUCUGGGCGGUUUCCACCUUCCCACCAACAAGACAGCGCCCUCUGCAGUCUGCACACCGCCCCGCACCCGCACCCGCACCUGCCUUCCAGGUUGAUAGCUGCGUUUCUGUUUUCUAACUUAUCUCCACUAGUGAGUGACUGAGGUGACCCGCCUGGGCUGGACAGCGACCAGAACCGACAUCAAGGAUUGAGCCAACAGCUUGUUCCCUUGGCAAUGUUCAUCACGCUGAAGAGUUCGGGUAGACGCAAGGAGGGGUCCGGCGGCGGGUUCGAACAGGUCGCCCAACGACAGGCAGGUGGCGCCAACGGUCGCUCUCGCCCACCCCGCCGGUCCGCUUGCGUUGCCUGCCAAAAGAACAAGCUUCGGUGCACCGGCUGUCCCAGAAAUUGCGACCGCUGUCAGGCCCGAGCACUUGACUGUGUACUGCCGGCGACGACCUCGAGACGCCGCCCCAACUCGUCGACUCUCACUUGGCAAUGCGAGUCUGUCGAGGCCCGGGACGAGACCCUCGAUGGCAUCCAACCGCCCCCCGAGUCACCGGCCCUCCGCACUCAGGGAGGAGAUCUAGCAUUAGCAAAAAACCCGACAGAUAACGACAUGCCGGCCGCUGAUUUCCUCAACUUUGAUGGCGAGGGCUUUGAUGCCGACAUCGGGGAUCUGGGGUUAGAUAACUCGUCCCUUGAUUUCCGCAUGCCAUCAUCCCCUGUGGCCGACAUGAAUGUGGCACGGGGGAUCCCUCCUGAGAGCCACAUCUUUCACAGCGAAUAUUUCCGAGACCAGAGUUCUCACCCCGGAAAGUCGCUGCCCGGCGAGUCUGGCGAGAACCAGAAACAACCAGUGGUCGCCGGCCACGUCUUGCAGGCCAGGUCAGAUUUCGACGUUCGGCUAGACUCGAGCGAGGCAUUGGCAAAUUCAGGAACCUGCUCAUGUCUGUGUGACGCCGUCCGGGUUGUUCAGCAGCUCGAAGACGACGAGUUCCAUACCUCUACUUUGUCGCUCGACAUGGUGCUCCAGCUGCAGAAGUGGCUCAUCUUCCAGUGCUGCAACGUUCUCGACUGCCCGAAAUGCGCCUCACUUCCCACAGUGCAUGCUAUGGUUCUGAUCAUCUGCGACCGGAUGUCUGAGAUGUUCGAGUGCAUCAGCACCCGGAUCAGACUAGCCGCCGCCGUGAUCAUGUCCCUGUCGCCGGCUGCCGGCUCGAGCAGCAACAAGCCGGCGUUGCCCGAGAACUCGGAAUCUCCCGACCCCUCAAACGCCCCCAUAGGCACUGGGACUGCGUACAUUCUGACGUUGGGGCAGCAGGCUGCGAUGAACUGGAAUAGCACGCCCUCGAACCCACAGCUCUUCUCCAACACGUCUGGGGGCCCUGCAGCGUCUGCCGCGUGCAAUCCUCUCCUGUUUUCGAACGAGUUUCGAGCCCAGUACUCGGACGAAGAGCAGAUACACAUAAUGCGCGUGUUGCUGAAGCUUCAGAUCAGGAAUUUUCGGCACCUGCUUGUUCGUGUCGAACGCGCGGGCGAGGCCCAGGGCAGUCAGGCGCGGAGGGCCAAGGUGCAAUCGAUGACGGGGCGUGUCGACAAGGCGUCAACGAGUAUCAAUGGCACAUUAGAAAUUAUUUUUCAAACCUUUCUAGGUGGAUGAAGACGCGGCCUAGUCCGGGUUGAUUAUUCAUGUUGGAUGAUAAAGGGGCGUUUGGCCAUUUUCGCAGAACAGAGUACUUCGCAGGCUAUGUUUCACAGGCUGGAUAGAUGUUUACAAACGCAGUUUGAAGACAAUACUCCUUUUCCCAUUAUUAUCUUCCACCUAGAGCUGCGGUCACUUAUGCGGCAGUCCCAGUGUGGGAAUAACACCAGUCACUGAAUUGCAUUGUUUUUUUAUUUUUA